AUGAACAGGUAUUUGCAGCGGAAAGCAUUUACGGUAAUCGUUUCGCCCUUCGACUUGCGUGGUGCUUAUUACGAGGUAUGCACUAACCAACAGGAAAUCGGCAUCGCGAAGUAUACGAGUCAAGCGAAGAUGCUGUUUCGGAAGCUAAACCGCGAUUCGCCCAAAACAUGUAGUCUCGAGAGCGGCGAAUAUAUGUUUAACUACCUGAUUCAAAAUGACGUUGUGUUCCUGUGUUUGUGCGAAAAGAAGUUUCCAGCCAAAAGUGCAUUCCUAUACAUCGAAGAACUAGCGCACGAGUUUCUGUCCCAGUACGGCAACCGCGUCACUACCGUCACCAGACCAUACCACUUCAUAGAGUUCGAUUCUUUCAUCCAGAACUUAAAGAAGAAGUAUGCCGAUCCACGAAAAAAUUACCAACUUGCCAAUGUACACAGCGAGCUGCAGAGUGUGCAGCGAAUCAUGGUACAAAACAUCGAAGACGUCAUUCACAGGGGCGAGGCGCUAACAAUGCUCGACGAUAAAGCUGGAGAUCUGGCGGUGCUUAGCAAGAAGUACAAACAGCAAGCUCAUUAUCUGAAUCUGAAGUCGUCUUUCCUGAAAAUUGGCGCAGUUAUUAUUUUAGUACUUUUGCUUUCCCUGUAUAUCAAAUUUUAUGUGUUGUAA